CAUUUGACAAUGUUGGGAGAAAGUGAGUUCUUCAGUUCCCCACCAAGGAAAGCUGUCAGAUUUGGUGGAACGGUUACAGAAAUCUUAAAGAAAUAUAAACAGGGAGAUACUGUGGAUUAUGAUUUGCUGAUGACACAACUGGAUGAUCCAGAAAUAAAGGAUGCUCAAAUAAUCAACUGGCUUCAGGAAUUUCGUGAUGCUGUCGCACAAUUAACAAAGGAUUUUGAACACGUUGUUAGCAAAAUACUGAAGCUGCCGUGGUUGUCCCGAAGCCCAGUGGUAAUAGAGGAAUACUUGGCCUUCUUAAGUAACCUAGUAUCAGCGCAGACAGUGUAUCUGAGGUCGUGCCUUAGUAUGCUGGUCUCCAGUUUUGUACCAGGAAGAAUUGUUAUCCAAGAAAAUGGUGUGGAUAUUUCAGACUCUGAAGAUGAGGAUGAAAAUCUUCCCAGAAAUUUUGAAAUUUGUCAUCGAGCUCUACAGACCAUAGCAAAAUAUGUGCCUUCUACACCACAAUUUUUGAUGCCAAUACUGGUUGAAAAAUUUCCAUUUGCAAACAAAUCAGCAAGAAUCCUGGAAUGUUACGUGCAUAAUUUACUGAGGAUCACUGUAUAUUUCCCAGUGCUGCGCUUAAAGAUUUUGGAACUUGUAGUGGAAAAAUUCCUAAAACUGGAUGUAAGUGCAUCUCGUAAUGAUAUUGAAGAUGCAGAAGAAGCCGUUGCUGAGGCUAAGAAUGGAUUGUCUACAUGUGCAGAGGAAGGCCUCUUUGACAUGGAUGAGGAUGAAGGGAAGCGGAAAAUUCAGUUGUCACUGCCAAAUGACGAGAUGGCUCAUCCAGUGGCUGAAAGAUUGGAUUUUCUGAUGUCCGUUUUGCUGGCUUACAUAAAGGACAUUUGUUACGAUAAUGAUGAGUUGGCAUUGACCAGGACAAAAGAAUUGUACCGAGACUUAAUAGUGGUGUUUGAUAAACUGGUUUUACCCACUCAUGCUUCUUGUCAUGUCCAGUAUUUCAUGUUCUAUAUCUGCAGCUUCAAAUUGGGAUUGGCAGAAGCUUUCCUUGAACACCUUUGGAAGAUGAUGCAGAAUCCAAAUAAUCCUGCCAUAAUAAGACAAGCAGCUGCAGGCUACAUUGGAAGUUUUCUGGCAAGAGCAACGUAUAUUCCUGUGCUCACUGUGAAAACGUGUUUUGAUUUGCUGGUACCCUGGAUACAUGACUACAUUGACAACCAAGAUGCUGGAACGAAAGCCUACUGUGAUGUGGCUCUGCAUGGGCCAUUCUACUCUGCUUGCCAAGCUGUAUUUUACAUCUUCAUAUUCCGCUAUAAGCAAAUACUGGAUCGAAAUCUGAAAAAAGGUUUAACAUACUUACAGAAUCUAAAUUUUGAACGCAUAGUGAUGUGCCAGCUGAAUCCCCUCAAAGUCUGUUUACCAUCCGUUGUCAACUUGUUCGCAGCUAUUACUAGGAAAUUUCAAUUAGCUUUUUGCUACACAGUUAUUGAACGAAAUAACCGACAAAUUAUACCAGUUGUUAGGAGCAGCACUGGAGGGGACUUGAUCCAGAUUUGCACAAAUCCUCUUGAUAGCUUCUUUCCCUUUGAUCCCUAUAUCCUUAAAAGGUCUAAGAAAAUAUUUGAUGGUAUUUAUCAGGUUUGGGAAGAUUUGAGCCUUCAAGACAUUCAGGCUCCACAGAAAAUCAUGAAACUGAAAAUUCAACAAACACAGAGUAUGCCAUCAGAAUUAAAAAGAAACCUUCAGCUAUCUGGUGUUAAAUAUUGCAAGAAUUGGAUCAUACAGAAAAAUGUCCAGUAACAAUCUCAUUGAUUCCAUUAACUUCAAAGGAUAAAAAGAGAACAUUUCUCUUUAUCAUGUGGGUGUUGCUGGGAAAGCCAGUGUUUGUUGCUCAUCCCAAUUAGCCUUGAAUAAAUGUUACACGAGGCCAUAAGAGACAACCACAUUGCUGUGGAUGUGGAGUCACAUGACAGUCCAGUAAGGAAGAUAGAUUUCCUUUCCUCAAGAACGUGAAUGAGCAAGGUGGAUUUUCAUGGCAAUUGUCAUGAAGACUAGCUUUUUAAAUUCUAUUUAUUUAUUUAUUAAUUGAAUAUAAAUUCCACCAGCUGUCAUCAUGGGAUUUAUAUUCAUGUCUCCAGAGCAGUCUGGUGACAUUAUUACUUUCCAUAAUAAAAGCCAUAACAAGAACAAUGAACAGCUAGAAAAACUCAGCAGAUCGAACAGCAUCUCUGGAAAGAAAGAGUUAAUGUUUCAGGUUGAGGCCUUGCAACAGACCUGAAGAGAAAUAGAAAAAUGUGUGUUUUUUAAGCUGGUGGAAGAGGGGAACUGGAAGAAAGAACAGAAGUGAGGAUCUGUGAUAGGCCACAGGAAGUGUUUGCAUAUGCCACUGACAAGGGAUGAAGAUCUUCAGAAGUUGCUCUUUUGCAGAAUGGCUCUCUCCAACUAUCGCACUGCCUAGGAAGGAGUCCUUCCUGAAACCAGGAGGCUAUGCUUGUGAGCUAAGACUGCUGCUGACCUUGUUUCUUCUCCUUCACUCUGCAUGUACAGAGGUCCUGAAAUCCCUCAGUUACAUGAUGAGCAAUACAUGGGAGCCCAGAGGGCUUGAUUAUAUGAAGUUUAAUUGUCACACAUGAAUGAUCAAGAAAUGUUUCUUUCUAAGCCAUAUCCUGUCUAGUGCAUCCCCAGUCUGUUUCAGUGCUCAAAUUGCUGCAACUCACAAUAUAGCCAGGCCCAUCUGUGCUUUGAGCUGCUCAAGCUCAUCCUUCGAAGGCCAUCUGCACUGAAAUUCAAUGGCUUAUCACUAAUCAAGCUGCAUCUAUUGAAGUAGGAGCACCAAGAUUGCAAAGGCAUGUGGAAGACAGGGAGUGAUCGAGGGUAUUUCAUUUACGUUUGAAUUCAAUAUGACAUUAUCUCAUUUUAAAAUUUAUUUUGGAAUGUAAAUUUUCUGGUGGCUUUCAUUUUGCACAGUGGGAAGGAGGAUGAUAUGACAGUCAGUAGUGGAGAGAUGAUGAUAAUAGGAAGGUGAGGAUUCUUGGUGAAUGAGGAAUUCAAUUUGUGGUUACUGGUCCCAGUUCUUCAUAUGUAGCGCAUGAUGAGAGGAGCUGUCUAGGUUGUCGCAUCCCUUCCUCCUAAGACUUAAUAUUUUGCUUAUUCCAAAAACUGUUCCCUCAGAAUGAUGAGAUUUUGCAAUUAGCAGAAUGCCAUUCCAAACCUUGAGUCCUUUUGAGCCAGAUACUGUGGGGCUUGUCCAUAGUGAUCAGAACAAUGACAUGGUUUCCUGUAUCACAUUUUCUAUGGUGGCAUGGCUGUUUUUUACAUGUAGGAUAAUUUAUGAAUCUGGGCUUAAUUCCUGAGUGAUGAGGCAUUUUGGUGGAUAGGCCUUGUGAUGUGCUAGCUAUCUUUAGGUUUGCUGUGGUGGCUGAAAUACAGGUGGAACUAUGGACUGCUGUAGAAUGAAGGCUUAGUGAUUGUUGAUAAUAGGUGGCUUGGUAUCUUAACUAAUGUGCUGUCUGUGAUUGCACACUAACAGGACAUUGAGAGAGUGAAAUCCUAUUAGUUGCAGUAUAUGCCAGAAAUGAAAUCAGUGUUCACAAGAUAAAGGUGUAUGCAAUCAUUAUCACUCUCUGCAUCAUAGGUAAACAUGCCGUUAUGGCAAACCCUUGUGCUUAAUUUGCACGCUUGUCUUUCACAUGAAAAGAAUGAAAUGAAUUCACAGUGAAUAUAGCAUCCUAGGGACUUCCCUAAUGUUACACUGGAUGUCAAGUGGCCUGAAAUUGCUUAUAUCACCAGUUCCAGCCACAGGUUCUAUUUUGGAUUCCCUCCGGCACUUGCUGUGUCCAAAAAUACAGGCACUACAAAUCCUGAGCUCUGUCAGUGACCUCUUUCUCCAUGUUUCCCAGCCGUACCUCAUGAGGUCAAGUCGAUAAAAUAUCUACCGAUGAAUGGAAGUGGUCUGUGCCAAAAUAAAAAUCAUAUCUCUUUAAUUUACUAAAUGUUUGGUGAACUGAAGUGGGAUAGGUACUGUUGUGAGAACUAAGGAAAGUCUUUGCUGCACUUUUUAAAAGCAAGUUACCAACUUAUUGUGAGUGGCAUUUACAGUGCCGCUUGUUCAACCAAUAGAGGAAGGUUAGCUGCAGACGAACCGGCACCUGGCAUAAUGUAGAAGGUGAGAUCUGACCAUCAACGAAUAGCUGAUUGGUUUGUGAAGUGGUAACCAGUUAUCAAUGAAAAUGGCCUCCGCCUGCCGACAAUCACAUGAUUGGCUCCUAGGUAGUGAACAGCUUGAAGGGUGUGAAAAUAUGGCCAGAACCCUUCAGACCUCCAAAAGGGGAGGUGGUGUCUCUUGCCCUCUCUCAACAAUCAAAUGUAUUUUAAUUCUUGAAGAAAGCCAGUUUAGUUUUCCUUACCAGUUAUUGUAAGCUGUGGCUUUUAACUACUAACUAAAAGAUUUUACAGUUUGUGAAUCAGUCACUGUAUGCCUUCUGCAAGAGUGAAUAAUAGAUGGAGCAGAACAAUUGAUGAACCGUAAGUUGUCACAAAGCAAAAGGAUCACCUCAGCCAAUGCUGUGGACAGGGCCCACUUAACUGUUUUCCUACUUUCUCCCUCCACCCAUAGUGCCAAUGUUUUCUGUCUGUAUAUGUGCAUAAGAGGAGUUUUAUGAGGAAAUUAGAAUUUUAACUAGUAGAGAUAUGUCGGCAACUGAUAGAUAUUACUACAGCUAAACAACUGUAAUUUGUUUAUUUGUGAUAAAUAAGUGAUUCUUGUUAAGUAGAGAAAUUGGGUCCAUGUUUUGUAGUAAACUGAGUCUAAAAGCGCAGGUAAAUUAGAGUUUCCUGAACUUUGAUAAAAUCUUCAAUUUUUGUGAUGACUUCAGGAAUAGUGAGCAUGGUUUCUGGCAUUCUACUCCUGAGAGGUGUGAUAUUCAGUGUCAUUUAUUGCAAUAGUCAUUUUUAAGGAACAGGAAUAUUCUAAUUAUGUUACUAUUACAAGCAUAAGAACAAGGAGCAGGAGUAGAUCACUUGACCCCUCAAGCCUGUGACACCAUUCAGUAAGAUCUUGGCUGAUCUGAUUACUUCACAUUCUACCUACUUCUGAUCCUCUUUUGCCUCCUUGCUUAUCAAGAAUAUGUCUACCUUUGCCUUACAAAAUGUUCAAAGACUCUGUCUCCACCAUGUUUGAAUUCCAAAGACUUAUGGCCCUCCAAUGAGAAGAAAUUUCUCCUAAUUUGUCUUAAAUAUGCAAUUUCUUGUUUUUAGACUGUAGUUCCUGAUUCUAAAUUUGGUCAAAGGAGGAAACAUCCUUUUUACACGUAUUUCUCAGGACCUGGUAUUUGAAUCAAGUUACUUGUUACUCUUCUAACCUUCAGUUUUUUUUUGAACUUUGAGGAAAAUCCAAUGUUGAGUCUCAACAAGCAAACGCUGAAGUGGUUAACACUUUAUGAAUUCAUUAUUGUUAUCGCUGUACUCCUGGAACUGUCUUAAGCUGGCAGACAUCUUGUAAACUGUUACCAUGUGAGAUUUUAAUAAAUAAGCAAGUUUAUGUUUGAGUGAACCGCUUUAUUAUUCCAAAACUCUCCUGUCCUGAUGAUUGACUCGGCUGCAAACGUUUGGCUUGAACUCAUUUGUUUAGUUAGCCACUAUGUAACUGCAAUUCGACUUUAAAAUGCUUCAUGAUGUUCCUUCAUGAUU